AUGAAGGGUGUUCUGAGAUUCGAAAAGAAGGGUAAGCUAAGUCUGUGUUUUGUAGGGCCAUUCGAGAUCUUGGAGCGAGUCGGCCCUGUGGCUUACCGUUUGGCUUUACCAUCGUCUCUCUUCGGGGUCCAUAAUGUUUUUCAUGUCUCAAUGCUAAGGAAGUAUUUAACGGACCCGUCUCAUGUGGUGGACUUUGAGCCCUUGCAACUGAAUGAAAACUUAAGUAACGAAGAGAAACCUACGCAAAUUGUGGCCAAGAAGGUGAAAGUUUUGCGCAACAGGGAGGUGCCACUGGUGAAGGUGUUAUGGAAGAACCAUCAGUUUGAGGAAGCAACUUGGGAGCGAGAGGACGAGAAGAGAACACUACAUCCAGAGCUCUUCUAG